AUGCCUCCAGUCAAUUUAACCGAAGGCGCAAUUUCGAUGCUGGCGAGAGGCGAGGUUCAGGCAACCGAAAUAAAGCCCGUGCUGCAAGUGUCCGACAUUCGGCUAGUCAAUACCCAGAACCAGAAUAGCAACAAUGAGAGGUAUCGGAUUCUGUUGUCGGACGGGUCGUUUCUCCAGCAGGCAAUGCUGGCGACCCAGAAGAACGAAUUGGUCCAAACGGAUAAAUUGCUGAAGGGAUCUAUUGUUCAGUUGACGGAGUUCGUCUGUAAUGUCAUCCAGACACGAAUGAUUAUAAUUAUUAUUAAUCUGGAUGUGAUACUUGAGAAAUGUGAUACCAUUGGCGAACCGAAGCAUUACGGGCCACUGCCACUUAAAACUGAUGGGGAGGGCAUCUCUAUACCCAGAUCGUCAGCCUCAGUUCAGCCAAUGAAUCAGCCAGCUAAUGCAACUGUUACUCAAUCUUAUGUUGCUGGUUCAGCUCCUAGGCCUAACAUAGUUGGUGGAAUACCAACUUCUGAAAUUGACAGAAGUGCGGGCUCACACUCCUAUGCCAGCAAUACUGAUGCAGGAAAAUAUAAUUCAAUUAUUGCGCCUCCGACCUAUUCCAGGACAGAGUCUGGUUAUGGGAUUUCACGGGCUCCUGCAACUAGUUAUGUACGCCCACCUCAGUCAUUCUACCAGCAGCCAUCUCCAAUGUUUGCUAAUAGAGGACCUAUAGCAAAAAAUGAAGCUCCUCCAAGGAUUAUUCCUAUUGCUGCACUAAAUCCAUAUCAAGGCAGGUGGACUAUUAAGGCUAGGGUGACAGCAAAGGGAGAACUCAGGCACUACAACAAUCCUCGAGGUGAUGGUAAAGUAUUUUCUUUUGAUCUUCUCGAUUCGGAUGGUGGGGAAAUAAGGGUAACCUGCUUUAAUGCUGUGGCGGAUCAGUUUUACAACCAAAUUGAACCUGGUAGAGUUUAUAUGAUCUCAAAGGGAACAUUGAAGCCUGCUCAAAAGAAUUUCAACCACCUACGCAAUGAACAUGAAAUUUUUCUUGAUGGUACUUCAACUGUCGAGCCUUGCUUUGAGGAUGAUAAAUCUAUACCGCAGCAGCAAUUUCAUUUUCGCUCCAUCGAUGAAAUUGAAGGCGUGGAGAACAACAGCGUUGUGGAUGUGAUUGGGGUAGUUUCAUCUAUCAGCCCAUCCAGCUCAAUAAUGAGAAAAAAUGGCACUGAAACUCAGAAAAGAGCUCUCCAGCUGAAGGACACAUCUGGCAGAAGUGUUGAAUUAACCUUGUGGGGAAGCUUUUGCAAUGCAGAAGGUCAAACACUUCAGAACAUGUGCGACUCUGGGGUGUUUCCUGUUUUGGCAAUCAAAUCUGGUAGAGUGAAUGAUUUUAAUGGAAAAGCGGUAGGAACCAUAUCUACUAGCCAGCUGUUUAUAGAGCCAGAUUUUCCAGAGGCCCACAAACUCAAAGUAUGGUUUGAAAAGGAUGGAAAGCACACACCUUCUGUAUCCAUCUCCAGGGAAACAACGAGCAUGGUCCGGACAGAUGUGAGGAAAACUAUAACUCAGAUUAAGGACGAAAGAUUAGGGACUUCUGAGAAGCCUGAUUGGAUUACAGUGUCUGCCACUCUUUCAUUUAUAAAAGUGGACAACUUUUGCUACACUGCAUGUCCCAUCAUGAAUGGGGAUCGCCAGUGCAACAAAAAGGUUACGAAUAAUGGCGAUGGGAAAUGGCGUUGUGAUAAAUGUGAUCAGUUGGUUGAUGAAUGUGAUUAUAGGUAUAUACUCCAGCUCCAGAUUCAGGAUCACACUGGCUUAACAUGGGUGACUGCUUUUCAGGAAUGUGGGGAGGAGAUAAUGGGUAUAUCGGCAAAAGAUUUGUAUUACUUGAAGUAUGAAGAACAAGACGAUGAGAAAUUCGCCGAAGUCAUGCGUAGUGUUCUUUUUACAAAAUACAUUUUCAAGUUGAAAGUGAAGGAGGAGACCUUUAGCGAUGAACAGCGUGUAAAGUCAACUGUAGUCAAAGCAGAGAAAGUAAAUUUCCAAACUGAGACCAGGUAUCUUCUGGACUCAAUUGCUAAGUUCAAAGGAGAGGACUCUGGUUUUCUACCUCUGAAGAGUGAAAAUGUUGGUCCAACCUCUGGAAUGAAUAGCAAUGGUUUUGGUACUGGAUAUAGGGAACCCACUGCAUCUACUAUAAAUUACAGUGGAAAUACUAGCAACUUGGCUAGAGAAACUGGUGUAUCACCAAAUAUGGCGCGUUCAUAUUCUAAUCAGUAUGGUAGUUCCACUCUUGCUUCAUCUGGCCUGACUGGCAUUUAUACGAGUUGUAAUAGCUGUGGUGGUACGGGUCAUAGUUCUGCGAAUUGUCCAAAUGUUAUGACUGGCCAGGGACAAUCUUAUGGAAGUAGCUAUGGCAAUAGGGAAACUCUUGGGGCAAGUGCUGGUGGUGAGUGCUUUAAAUGCCAUCAAAUUGGACACUGGGCGAAAGAUUGUCCCGGCUUGAGCAAUGCUCCUCCAGCUUAUGGAAGCAGUAACCCAACUCCUGGGGCAAGUGCUGGUGGCGAGUGCUUUAAAUGCCAUCAAAUUGGGCACUGGGCGAAAGAUUGUCCCGGCCUGAGCAACGCUCCUCCAGCUUAUGGCAGCAAUAACUCGAUUCCUGGACGAUAUGGUAAUGUACCAAAGCAACAUGUUGGUGGGUUCUAA